UAUUUUUAUUAAAUUAAUUUUGUUGCAUUUAACCAUAAAUUUAAAGUUUACUGUUGAAAUAAGAAACAAAUUUCAUGUUAAGUAAAAAAAAUAAUGUGUGUGUGACACAUAAUGACUGAGGUCAGUGUGAACUGAGUAGUUAAUGCAGAUGUCUUUCUAAUCAUGAAGUGUUGUAACAACUGCCUAACAUGUUUUUUCUUCCUCUUUUCAGAAAAAUCUCUUCCUGACAGGGAGACAAAGCCUGUCUGGGUUUUAUUUUGAAAAGCUGUUGGGCAGAGACACCUUCACAAUAUUAUUCUAGUUUAUAGCCUUCAGAGAGACAAACCUACUGACAUAAACACAAACUGUUUGACAGAAUCUGCUUCUUUCCGUCACUCCAGUCCUGUUCAUCUGUCUGGACCAUUUGUGUUUUAUGUUUGUUCGUAUCUGAGAAACAUCACAAAACUCACAACGAACCUUUUUACAGCAUUCCAGAACCAGGUCAACUGAGAAGAAAACUGUGUUUAUCUGCAAUAUUUUCUUGGACUUGGAAAGCUUCAAACCCACUGAACAUCUGUGUAAAGGUCCAGCUCAGGACUGAUGAAUGAACUAAUCUGAGCUCUGAAUGACACAACCCCCCCCCCCCGUCUGUGGCUGGACUAAUCCCCCUGACAGCUAUUUGUCCCUCACAGGCACUAAUCUGUCCAGAGUCCACUGAGCUUUUGGUAGGAGAGUCAGAGCUCCAACAGCACAGAGUCUCUGGAAAUCCUGCUGAAGCAGCUGCAGUCAUGGGACGCCAGGAGGGCGACUACGCCUGGAAGAAGAACACGGAAAACAUCCAGGAGAUCUUUGACUUCAUCGAGGAGUUGGGAUCCGGGGCGUUUUCUGAGGUUUACAUGGUGCGGGAGAGGAAGACAGGGAAGAUGUUCGCCAUGAAGUGUGUGAAGAAGAAGAAGAAGAGGGACAUCAACCUGGAGAAUGAGAUCGCCGUGUUGAGAAGAAUCAAACAUGAGAACGUCGUGGGGAUGGAGGAUUUCUAUGAAAGUCGGACUCAUUACUACCUGAUCAUGGAGCUGGUUUCAGGCGGGGAGCUCUUCGACCGGAUCCUGGACCGGGGGGUGUACUCAGAGAAAGACGCCAGCAGAGUGAUCCAGCAGGUGCUGCAGGCCGUCAGCUACCUGCACCAGAGUGGCAUCGUGCAUCGAGACCUGAAGCCGGAGAACAUCCUGUACUACAGCCAGGACCAAGACUCAAAGAUCAUGAUCAGUGACUUCGGCCUGUCCAAGAUGGCGGAUAACGGCAUCAUGUCGACAGCCUGUGGAACCCCAGGUUAUGUAGCUCCUGAGGUUUUAGCCCAGAAGCCCUACAGCAAGGCAGUGGACUGCUGGUCUAUUGGAGUGAUUACCUACAUCUUACUCUGUGGAUACCCCCCCUUCUAUGAAGAGACCGAGACCAGACUGUUUUCUAAAAUCAUGAAGGCCCAGUACGAGUUCGACUCACCUUUCUGGGAUGAUAUCUCUGAAUCAGCCAAGGAUUUCAUCCGUAACAUGAUGCAGAAGAACCCCAGCAUGCGUUACAGCACAGAGCAGGCGCUACGACAUCCAUGGAUUAUCGGGAAGACGGCCCGGAGCCAGGACAUCUACUACUCUGUCAGCGCUCAGAUCCAGAAGAACUUUGCCCAGUCCAGGUGGAAGCAGGCCUAUAACGCAGCUGUAGCCAUCAGCCACAUGAAGAAGCUGCAGCUGGCCCACUCCGAGCUGACCCUGAGGCAGCCCAGUGUCCCCCACAUCAGAGUCAUCGACGUGUCCUCACCAACAAACACCCGCAAACACCUAGAUCUGGACCAGCCGGAGCCCAGGGGGGCAGACGUCAACGGGAACAUUAAGGAGCCACACCACAUCCCUGUGCCCCUGAGCAACGCAGACCUGAAGAACCAGCUGCACCCACUGAAGGCCACACAGAGCCACAGUGGAGCGCACCACCCUCACACUAUAGCUGAGCAGGGAAAACAUGUGUACCACUCCGAGCCCGCCAACCUGAACGGGUUCUCAAAGAAUGGGACGACUCUGCAGACUGCAGUUUGUUCUGUCAUGUAAAAGCUCCGUGAAGCUUCAUGGAACAAAGCUUUUAAUUUGGUCCGUUCAGCUGCUUUCACUCAGCCUGAAGCUGUUUGGUGUCAGCAGCUCCUCUGGGCUCAGGGUCUGAGGUGUUGGACCCUCGGUGGACCCUGGUGGUCUCCACACGUUGCAGUCUGCGGGUCUUUAUUUCAGAGAGUGCCAAUGAAGCUUCGUAACAAGCGAGCACACCUCCUGAACCUUCAGAUGUUUUCAUCUCCAACAUGAUGGUGGUGGUGGGACUCAUACCGUCUCUUGUAUAUAAUUCAUAUAAAGCCAAGCUGCGUUUAUAAAAUGUUUAGUGCUUCUAAUAAGCCACACUGAUCUGCUUUAUUCUGCUUAUUUCUCUUUAUUUGCUUGUUUCUUGUCACUUUGAGUGUAAAUGCUGUGUAAAUGCCAACGUGUGGUUCUGAUACAUCAGAGUCAAAUACUGAUUGUUGUUUGAAGGAAUGUUUUCUUCGUACUGUAAGUAUAUUUAUGUGUACAGUACUUUGAUUUUCUGUGCUGCUUGUUUCUGUCAUUACUCCAAAACAAUAAAUAUUCAUCUAUUAAAGUUUU